GUUUCAUCCACCCAUCGUCCACGGAUAAUCGGGUCGAGUGAUUUUCGUGAUCGUUGUUCCAGAAGGAAAACCGGGCGGCGCCUCUGUCGAUCGAGGAUCGAUCGUCUAAUAUGUGAUAUUGGGUGAUCAUCGUAGAAUUCUUCCUUGCCGAUCGUUACGAAGAAGAAGGCUCUUUCGCGUUACUUAUUUGCCAAAAGUUGUCGGUUGGAAAGUGUUGGAAGGAGGAUGAUGGAAAUGGAUCGUUUUAUGUAGGGGGUACGAUUUUUACGUCCCUCUAGAAAGUUUCCAAUAGAGGGAUGCUCUUACGUACAAUAGGAAUACGAAUCGCGUGUGACCGAUGUUAAUCGGACUCCUUCGAGGGAGGGAAAAAAUUGGACGAAAUGUCUGGUAUUGUCGAAGAUCGUCCAACAGCAUCGAUUAUAUCCUCGUCGUAUCGAAUAUCGAUGGACGUUAUCCCCCGUCCGGGGAAAUAUCUCAACGUUGGCGGCGAAAGUUUCGAGAAAAUAAUUUCUAUUAAUUGUCAUCUUACAACGACGUCGUUCAAAAGAUCGUAGCGACGUUUAGAGAUAUCAGAACCUCGUUUCUAUCGUUCAUCCUCCUCCCCUCCCUCUCUCAUCGACUUAUACUUUUACGAUCAUCGAUCGCUCGAGUGAUUCUCUCUCCCGUUCCAUCCUCCUCGAUACACGAAUACAAAGGACAAGAGUAUUGUAACGAGUCGCGAAGAAGAAUCCCGAGACGAUAAAAUGGACGAGAUAACGGAAUAGUGCGCGUUCCCUAUCCACCACUUAUUCCUAGUAAAGUAAUUCGAAUCGAUUUUCGAGACGACGAAACCGAUUUCAAUAAUUCGUAACACGUUGCAAACAGGUUCCAUUAUUCUCGAAAUCUCGCGCUUGAUAUCCUCGCGCUGCUUGAUCGACGAGGAGCGUGCCGCUGUACGAUAAACAAGCGGUAUGCACGGUUCCUUCCGAGAGAAAGAGAGAAGGGGAAGCGACGAACCGUAUCGGUGAACAUAGUUUGGUCAUCACGAUGGCCGGCCGGUGGCUUCUAAUCCGAGCGGAGGUCAAGCUGGAUGACAAUCAGCGCCGAUCAUCGUCGACCGAGAAAAAGUACGAGUGAUCGGUGGAACGAACCGCCUUGUGCACGCUUGUGUUACUACGCUUAAUUGUGGUGUGUGUUCGUCGCGGUGUGGUUUGGACGCGGCGAAAAUGGCGGUGGUGCCAGUGGGUAAGAAUAAAUUGAAAAUAGGCAGCGCCGGCCGAUACUACAGCGCCUAUCUCAUCUACGACGUGGCGAACUCGUGUCUGGCCGCGUUGCACGCCAAGAUGCCUCCUCCGGUUGUCGUCACGCGAACCAACCCUCCGUCUCCUGUGCACGUCCAGAACCCCCAACACUACCACAUAUUCGUAGGAGAUCUGAGCCCGGAGAUCGAAACGCAGACCUUGAGGGAAGCCUUCGCUCCUUUCGGCGAAAUCUCAGAUUGCAGAGUCGUGAGAGAUCCACAAACGCUCAAAUCCAAAGGAUAUGGAUUCGUUUCCUUUGUUAAAAAAGCGGAAGCGGAAAGUGCCAUCGGUGCCAUGAAUGGACAAUGGCUUGGUAGCAGGAGUAUUCGAACGAAUUGGGCGACUCGCAAACCCCCUGCGCCAAAAUCCGAGGCAAACGCGAAACCAUUGACUUUCGAUGAAGUGUACAAUCAAAGUAGUCCGACCAACUGCACGGUGUACUGCGGCGGACUCACCAAUGGUCUAACAGAAGAGCUAAUGCAAAAAACAUUUUCGCCUUUCGGAUCCAUCCAAGAGAUUCGCGUAUUCAAGGACAAGGGUUACGCUUUCAUCAGGUUUUCUACCAAAGAAUCGGCGACACACGCUAUUGUGGCAGUUCACAACACCGACAUCAAUGGUCAAACGGUGAAGUGUAGCUGGGGGAAGGAGAGCGGGGAUCCGAACAAUGCUCAACAAACUGGACAGGCGUUAUCGUCGGCGACGUACCCAUACUACGCGGCGGCAGCAGCUGCCGCCGCGGCGGCGGCAGGCGUCGCGGGUGUCGGAGGCGUCGGUGGCGUCGGCGGUGCCGGCCAGCUAGGAUACUGGUACCCGCCCCAAUCUUAUCCGACGACAGCGACGCAGAUGCAAGCCGGUGGUUUCCUUCAAGGGAUGCAGGGAUACACUUAUGGACAGUUCGCCGGGUAUCAACAGGCGCAAUACAUGGGAAUGGGAAUGGGUGUCCACGCUGCUGGCACGGCGGCAGGUUGGGGCCAGGGAUUACCUGGGGGACCACAGUUACCGCCACACCAUGCCACGACGGUCACGGCACCCCCAGGGGUGCAAGCCGCACCCCCACCACCACCACCUCCGGCACAAAUGAUGGCCUACCCGAUGCAACAGUUCCAGUAUGUAUUUGAAGAGAUAAGAGGGCCUAACGAUACAUAUUCGAGAUGAGGGAAUACUAAUGAAAAAGACUUAUAAAUCAAGAUCCUGCAUAAGAAUCUUUCAUCAGCACUAGCGGAUGAGGACUGGCUGACGCCUAGCCUUCUAGUGUGAUGGUAAGCAAGUACACCCCACCAACAGGAACAACUUCUACAGCAACAACAGUUACCACCACCACCACCACCACCACCACCACCACCAUUAUCACCACUACUACCACAACUACCAACAACAACAACAAAAUUUCCGUCACCAUCGACGCCACCGCGACAGCAAAAGCAACAAAAAUCAUGCCGCUUCCGGCUUGAUCCACGAAACAUAAAGCAGUGGGCAUCGAUUGCCAGAAAACGUAAUAAUUAAUCGAUCGCUUUAUUAAACCAGACAAAACAAAGUAAAUGAGUAAAGGGGAUGAAUUCUUAUCCAUACAAAAAAAAUAAAUAAAUAAAAACAUUUCUUAAAGUAUAUAUAUAUAUACAUACAUAUAUAUAUAUAUAUAUAUGUAUGUAUGUAUAU